AUGAUCUUCCAAGGAGCGCCGCAUGCGGAGGCGGAGGCGGAGGACACCACCAACAAGAAGUUGUGUGGGAAAUGUCGACAACAUGGGAUUGAGGUGCGCUAUAAGAAUCAUCAGAAAUUGUGUCCUUUCAUGGAGUGUGGAUGCGCUAAGGUAAGGGGGGGGGGGACCAGGAAAAUGAAAUUUGGAAUUUCUUCGAUUUUUUCUAACAGGGGAAGUACUCCAAGUGUGACGCUCAGAUUUUGAUGAAACUUGGCAUAAAUUUAGAAUAUUUUUUUCUAAGAUAUAUGCGAGAAUCCUAUCUCGCGCUUUGCAGAAACAACCGAGAUUUUUAGAUCGAAAGUGGGCGAAAAUUUAGGACUUUUUGCCGAAUUUCAGCACGAAAAGUUUCAUGCCUAUUUCAACUGUAAAGUGUAAUGUUUCCACAAAAAAUCAAAUUUUUCCGCACGAAACUGCCAAAGUUAUGGCCAAAAAACGGUUUUCUCUCUGACCGCUCUCCACGUUGAGCGUGCUCUCUCGGCCACAAAGAUGGUUGAAUAUCUCGGCGGCGCCCGCAAAGCGCGAGCUAAAACUUUUAGGAAUUGAUAUAUAGUCCAUACCCGAUGUGUGUGCAAAAUUUAAAGGAAAUCUGAGCGUCACACUUCAAGUACUUCCCUUGUAAAUAAAAAAAAAUAGAAAAAAAACAUUUUUUUUUACAAAAAAUCGAAAAAAUAUUUUUUCUGAAUGAUGUAGAAAACAUCGUAGAAUUCGAUUUUUGAAACUUUUUUGAGGUGUUUUUUUCAUUUUUUCAGUAUGUCGGGAAAAUAAUGAACAACUAAGAGCAAACCAUCCAUUUUUUCGUUUUUCGCACUGUGCAAAACCGAUUUUGCCCCGCGACGAAAACUCUACGCACUUUAUGAAAAACACUCCCAGUUUGUCGGGAAAAUAAUGAGCACAAUGUCGCAGUCAAAAUCGCGCCGCUGAAUUCAACAAAAAUUUGAUUUUUCCCGCAACAAAAUUCAUUUCCCCUUCAGCAAUGCGAUUUUCAAUGCGACAGUGUGCUCAUUAUUUUCCUGACAAACUGAUAGUGUUUUGGUCACCCAAAAAGCUUUGAAAUUUUUAAUCUUUGUUUUUUGGCGAACUUUCUUCCCUUCAUAGUUUUGUCUUCUCAGUAAACCUAAAAUUGUUUCUCCCUACAAACCACAGAAUACAAUGGAGCACUCUGUGUUUGGCGUGCGUGAGUUUUGUUUUGGAGAGCUUGAGAAAUUUUGAUGACUAAGUUGUAGUGGCGGAAAUUACUGUAACACAAUGUUUUAAAAAUUAUUUUUAUAAUACAAAAGAAUCUUUCUUUAGCAAAAAAUUCUACCCAGUUGCUUUAGGACCUAUGUACUAUAAUUUACGGCGUUUUGGGCCAAGUAGAAAAUUACAAAAAAACUUGGUCUUUUUCGUCAAAGUUGACAUCUUUUGGUGGCGUUGCUUUAGGACCUAAAACUUUUUUUUGAAAGCUUGUGUUACUAUUGACCAGGGGUGCUCAGUGGGCCGGGCUGGCCCGGCCCGGCACAAACGAGCCGGCCGGCCUCAAAAAUGGAAAUUGACAAACGGGCCGGGCCCGUCACGGGCCGGGCCGGGCCGCGGGCCUGGGGUUUUUUCCGGCCCGGCCCGGCCCGUCUAAAUUACAAUGCCAAACCGUUGGCAUUCAUUGUUUUCGCGCCGGGAAAAAUUAAUUGAUGUUGUUAUAGUUGCUGUUUCUCAAGUUCUAAAACGUUUACAAGUCUACAGUUCCAUUUCAGAACCACAAAACUAUCACAUUGAUCCUUUACUAGCUAGAUCAACGCCUUUUUUUGCCUAUGUUUAGAUCCCAAGCUUGGGCGCAGUUCGCAGAACCCUCUAUAAACGGGCCUGCACGGGCCGGGCCUGGAAAAAGACCAGACGGGCCGGGCCGGGCCGGUAAUUAGACGGGCCGGGCCGCGGGCCGAAAAUCGGAAAAAUAGGGUCCGCUGACCAACCCUGCUAUUGACAGUUUGUUUUACGUAGUUUUUGGGGCAAGCCACGAGGGAGCUCUGAACUUUUCGAAAAUCCAAAGAAAAUUAUUUAGAACCCAAACAAAGUCACGAAACAAGAAGAAUGUUUUAUGCUCGCUUUGAAGCCAACGUUUUUCAUUAGGAUCUGAAGAUCGCUUCUACUUUUCUUUCUUCAACUUACAGGGGAGGUACUCCAAGUGCGACGCUCAGAUUUUCUGAAAAUUUGCACACACGUCGGGUAUGGACUAAAUAUCAAAUUUCUGAAAGUUUUAGUUAGCGCUUUGCGGACGCCGCCGAGAUAUCGAACGAUUUUUGCCGCCGAGAGAGCACGCUAAACGUGGAGAGCGGUCAGAGAGAAAAACGAUUUUUGGCCAUAACUUUGACAGUUUCGUGCGGAAAAAUUUGAUUUUUUGUAGAAAGAUUGUCCCUUACUGUUGAAAUAGACAUGAAACUUGUCGUGCCGAAAUUCGGUAAAAAGUCCUUAAUUUUGGCCGAGUUUCGAUCUAAAAAUCUCGGUUGUUUCUGCAAAGCGCAAGCAAGGAUUCUCGCAUAUAUCAUAGAAAAAAUUAUUCUAAAUUUGUGCCAAGUUUCAUGCAAAUCUGAGCGUUGCACUUGGAGUUCUUCUCCUGUUAAAAAAAAUAUUUAGUUCUCGGAAAACGAGAUUUUUACUAUGAAAAUCCAGCUGCUUAUUACCACGCUUCAGUAGUCCGCUAAUAAUCUGGGGGAAAAGCAACUUGAAAGUCGCGAUUUCGCUGACUCUUUCGGCCGCAAAGGCUGUUGAAUAUCUCGGCUGCCCUUGCCAAGCCCGGGCUGGAAAUUUUAGGGCUUGCUAUGUGGCCUAGGCUUCAUUUUUACACAAAUUUUGAGCAAAUUCUGAGAACUAACUCAGACCUUUCUAUAACAAACAUUUUUUUGCAACAAACCUUCCUUCUUCCCCUCUAAAAAUUAAUUUUUAAAAAGUGCCCACAAAAAUUAUUGAAGUUGUGUUCUGUGCGUGCUCUGUUGGACCAUGAUAAAACUUCAACGAAAAAGGAGCGGUUAUAACGUUUAAUACGUUUGACGAAGGGCACAAGUUUCAUCUCUCGUCGCGAUAACUGUGUUGGGGGUUUAUCAAAUUCCGCAAAAUCAUAAUUCCGCCUGCAAUCAAACCCUCACGUCCCCGUCGCAAAACACAAGUCUAUUCUGUGCCUGGCCGGGUUCAUAGUUUUGGUUUUAUUGACUCGGAAUUACCCUGAUUCUUCUGUUUUUUUGAGGGGAGUUUGAGAAGUGAAUAAACGAUUGGGCCCUCAGGGGAAAAGGUCAAAGUUCGACGAACAAAUUUUUAUAAAUUUUACAAAAACAUGGUACAGCCUGGGUCACAUUUCAGUCCGUAAAAAAUUUUGCAGCCGAAAUGAUUCUUUGCCGAAGAGAGAGCAGGCGAAAUGCAGAGAUUGGUGAGAGAAAAACACUCUUUGGCCAUAUCAGUCUGUCUGGAAAAUAAUGUGGAUUGGACGCGCCUUGGAAUCGCCCAUUAUCGCUUUGCCACGGCUAGCCGCAGCUGUAGCUUUGGUACGCGACAAGCGAGGAGGCGAGACAUUCCAUAUUAUUUUCCCGACAAACCGAUAUCUCUGCCAAAUUCGCGCGGAAAAAGUUGAUUUUUUUACAAUUCUGAUAUUCUUGAUGUCUUUGAACAUGUCACACACUAAAAUUAUAUUUUUGUAGGUCAUGCUUUGCAGAAACAACCGAAAUUUUUAGUACAAAAGUUGGUAAAAAUUUGAUUUUUUUUUGUGACUUUAUGCAUCGAAAGUAUUAGCCUGCUGGGCCUUUUGGAAGUCGCUGGACCGAAAUCGGCGACAUGCACUGUACGAAAAAAGUUUUUCUUUGCACUGUCAAACGCCAAAAAAUCACUCCAGCGACUUCCAGAAAGGAGAACUAACCUGUCCUGCCAUAUUUUUUAUCGUAACCUUUCUUCUCUCGCCACCAACUAAUGCUCUUAUAAUAACCUUCGAAAGGCCACGGUUUCAAGUUGUGCGUUUCGUUUUCCCCGAUUCGUCCGACCACUAGCCUACAUUUGGAGGCACGUUGAAGAAUUAGGUCCAAACUAGAACGCAUCUGAUUCGCCUGACAGCCCUGUUUACGGACGCCAAAGUUUAACCUGGUUAAACAGUGCGUUUUGUGUUUUGAGUCGAAAAGUUGAGAAAUGCUUUUUGGGGGGAUAUACCAGUCUGUCGGGAAAAUAAUGAGCGCUCUGUCGAAAAUCGCAUUCAUUCUUGCCGUCGAGAAAAUGAAGUGUGCGGCGACAAAAUCAAAUUGCUUUUCGCUUAGCGAUGCUAUCGGCGCAGCGACAUUGUGCUCGUUAUUUUGCCGACAGACUGAUAUAACGAAGAAAUUCCGCGAGCAUUUCAAGCCCUAGGCCAAAGGGAGCGUCUGCUCAACAAACCAUUUAUAAUAUUGUAAGGACUACAAUUUUUUUGACAGAAUUUUUUUUUUCAAAAAUUUAAAAAAAUUUUAAUUUCGAAUUUUUUUUAAAUAUGUAUAUUUUUUCUAAUUUCUAAUCUUUCAGUGCAUCAAAGUGGAGAAAUACCGAAAACGGAUCCGCGAGACCAUUCGCCGCCUCAAACUGCAGAAGAAAGCACGCCUAUGUCUGGACAGCCCCACCACCAGCGGAGCGUCGUCCGUAAAGGACGAAGAGUUCAUCGACGUUGAGACCAACCACCAGUCAACCCCCGACACGGACGAAAUCAUUGUCCUGGGGGAGACUCCAAGUCCAAUUCUGCGGGUGAACGGGCUUAACAACGUUCAGAACAUGUCCUCAAGAUUCGUUGCGCUAAAACAAGCGUUUCCGCAGAUGUUCGCCAACGCUGGCAUGUCAACGAACGCUGUAACGAGUCUUCCGAGUGUUUCGGUGAACGGACUGUCAACAGGGCUUUCAACGAGCGUCUUAGCGACGCCAACGGCGCUUCCAAGCACUUCAAUUUUCCUUCAACAGAACCAAAGCUCCUUCAGCUGCAACCAACUCAACAAUCAGCUUGUUGCGCCCGCCACAACGGAGCUAGCCAAGCCCACGCCGGUUCGAUUUCAACCCCAAGUCUUGCCUCAACUCCUCAACUACUUUCCCAACUAUUCAACGCAACCCCAAGCCAGUUUCAACGCAAAACAAACCAUCCCCAUGACCCAGCUGUAUGAGUCAGUCGCGGCGGCUUAUCAACACGAUUCAGGGCUGCUCAAGUGCCGGAAGUCGGACAACAUCUUUGUCAGCGAUAACGCCGCGCUAACCCCCGUCUCGCUGUUAAAUUUCCCCGUGAUUGUGCCGAUUAUGGUACCGAACAAUUUGGUGUUUAACUUGAACAACAUGUGA